UGUUGUCGACUCAUUGGCCAGCUUCGCGUUUGGACCCGUACGCAUAAUCAUUUGGAAGGAAUUACCGAACUGGUUCAGUAAUAUUAAAUUAGCUUAAUAAUAGAUUUCAACGCUAUGGCAAAUGUUAUAACGUUUCAGACGCAAAUCGCUUCGGUUAUGGAAGUAUUCGCAAACGCUGCUGUCGCAGAAAUCUGCAAACUCGUUGAGGAAAGCUAUACCGAAUUACAGCUUGAAAUAUCUCAAACACAAAAGGAGAAUAACCUCCUUAAAAAGAAAUUGAAAGUGCUAGAGAUUCGGGAUUCGUUCUAUAGACGAGCGCACAAACUGAGAAAUGAAUCGACUGCCUUGACAAAGACCAAAACAGGGCGAAAUAGUGCGAACAUUUCUUUGCUGUGUAAUGAGGGCAGGGAUGAAGAUGAAGCUCGCUCCGGUAAAGUCUCGCAUCUUGAACCCGAAAGAAUAGACCAGUCUGUAGUGGAUAAAGAGCCAGACAUUCUCCUAAUUCAAGAAGAGAGACCUGGCAACGUGAGGUGUGAACAGUCAGAAAGAGAAGCAAAGUCUAAUGAAAGCCCUAAAGAUGGCAAGCAGUACAGGAGUGCAGGAGUCUUUGUGACAGUCCACAGGGAAAACUUCAUAGACCAGAACACAGUCCAGCACUGCCAUGAAGAGUCUGCAGUGGACAAUGAGCCAGAUGUUGUCAUAAUUAAAGAGGAGAGACCUGACAACAUGGGCUGUGAACAGUCAGAAAGAGAAACAGAGACUGCUGCAAAUCAUACAAAGUAUGAGAGUGCAGGGGUAUUUGUAACAGUCCACAGGGAUAACGUCGUAGACCAGGACACAGUCCAGCACUGCCAUCAAGAGUCCAAUGGAAUGCAACCUGAUCUCCUUGAGGAUGAAAUCCCUGAAAUGAAUGAAAUAGGUGAAGAUGCACAUGUACUAAGUAGUGAAACCAAAAUGGAGAGACAUUGUGAUGAAGAUUCAGUGACUAACCUGCAGCCUGACCCUUCAUAUCCCUCAUGGGUUUCCAGGAGAUUUGACAGAACCACAAAUCAUGCCUCCUAUGCUGAAUCUGAGUGCAACGGACCUUCUGUGAAUCAGUUUUUGAUGUACAGAGGGAGCACUGAUCCCACUUGUUCCUAUGCAACUCCAAUGGACUCUAAUGGCUUGUCUGUGCCGGAUAUGGAAGGUCAUUUAACACACAACGAUGAAGAUAACGCCAUUUCACAGUCAGACUCGCCUCAGAUGCAAAAGAAAGACAAGUUUGUGUGUAAACAUUGUGGAAAAGGGUUCUCUCAAUCCAGCACUCUCCUCUUGCAUCAAAAACUUCAUAACAGGGAGAGGCUUCACCACUGUACACUUUGCGGUAAGCGAUUCAGUCAGGCGUCUAGUCUGAAAAGACACCACAGCAUCCACAGAGGUGAAAAACCAUUCAAAUGCGUGCACUGUGACAAGCAGUUCGCAGAUCAAAGUAACCUCAAAAAGCAUGUGACUGUUCACACCGGCGAAAAACCUUAUGGCUGUAACCUUUGUGGGAAAAUGUUCAACCAGUCUUCAAACCUCAAAACGCACAUGAGGAUCCACACACGUGAGAAGCCUUUUGGUUGCGAUCGAUGUGGACGGAUGUUUGCGCACAAGUACGUUUUGGUGAGACACCAACAAAAAUUUUGUUAAUCUACUUGAGCUAGACUUCUUAAUGUAUAGAGUAGGAAAUGCCAGUCCUAGGCUGCAUUCCAGUUUGUUUUCUUUUUAUAAAACUUCCCUUCGUCUUGUUCACUUGGGUGUGAACGUGAAAGUGACCUGUGGCCAGUUAUGAUGACCCAUACUUGGAAUUUGUGCUCUGCAUUUAACCCAUUAAGGCUCAAGGGUCUAACCUUAGUCGUGAUAUUGAAGGUGGAGAGAGUGCUGGAUAUUCAUCCUCCUGCAAGGGAUUAAGGGUAUUUCCAUAUAACCUUGCCUCGUCCACUUCGCAAAGUGGAACACACUUCAAAAUGGCAAAUUGCUGUCUAAAAGCAGAGUGAAACGCAGUCCUGGAGUGCCGAUGUCCUGCAGAGUUUCGCUACAACCCUAAUCCACACACCUGAACAAGCUAAUCAAGGUCUUUAGGAUUACUAAGGCUACAGGCAGGUGAGUUUUUUUUUUCAGGGUUGCAGCUAAACUCUGCUGGAAAUCGGCACUCCGGGACCAACAUUGCCUACCCCUGAAAUACUUACUUUGGUACCUAUCAUUCAUUUUAACAUUAAUUUACAUAGAUACAUGCAAAAUGUUUCUGUGGGUCCCCUGGAACAAGUUUGAAAACCACUUUUCUAGUCCACAAGCAUCCUACUAGAAGUGACAGCCUGGUGAAUAAUCUCCAUUUUAAAAU